AUGGCCUUCCAGAUUGCUAACCUGAGGCAUCCAAAUUCUAAAACCAACACAGUGGUCUUUGCCAUGUUCCAUGCAAAAGAUAGUUGGGCUAAUUUAAAGACAGCCUUAAUGAAAUAUAAAGAACAAGUAAACACCUUGAAAGAAGCAACCUGGGCGUAAGUGAAAAAAAAUUUACCACACUUUUAGUUAAUCGGGAGAAUAGAGACCUGAAAUAGCAUAAUAUUAAUUAAAUUUUUAUUUUUGUUUUGCCCAUUUCUAGAGGUAAAAAGAAAGUGGUUUUCCUGUUUGGUGACUAUGAGUUCCUAUGCAAGCUGUUUGGAAUAGCUGGUGCCUCAGGUAUGAUCCAGACAAUAAUUCACAUAUACAAAUAAUAAUGAUUUAGCAAUUCAAUAAAAUAAUAUAAAUGUAGCCUCUACUCUACAUAACUAUUUCUGUGAAACAGGUUUCCACCAUAAGAAUUGUAUUUGCAGGCAAAUAUCCAUGUCUUUGGUGCAAGAUAAAUCAUGAAGUAAUGCAAGUCUCUUGCCAUAAACAUAGGCAUGCUGAAAAACGAAGUCUUGAAAACAUUCAAGAGGAUUAUGAUAAGUUUGUAGCAGAUGGCUCUGUUACAAGUCGACAGAAGUUUUAUCACAAUGUGAUUCACGAGAAACUGCUGGACAUUGAAUUGGACAAAGUAAGAUACAAGAGUUUAUUUUAUUGCUUUGAAGAGGGACUUACAGGCCACCUAACUAAAUGGUUGUCUAUUUCAGGUUUGUGUUCCUGGACUUCACAUUAGCUUGGGUGUGUUUAAGAAACUGUUUGACGAACUAGAGAACCAGUGCUUUGAGCUGGACAAAAAAAUUCAAAUGGUUCUAGCAGGAGACAGUGAAGAGAAUGAUGAGAAAAUCCAGGCAUUCAGAGCUGCCCAACUACAUACCAGACAAGCACAACAAUUUAAUGAAAAAACCAAUUAUUUACAGGAGUUGCUGAAUUUACAAAGUCUGCAUACUAAUGUUGAUAUCAUGCCUGCCUACUUUACACUACUACAGGAGGAGAUAGCCAAAACUCCUUGGAAAUGCAAAGGAGGAGGUAAAAAUAAUAUAUUGGUGCUUUCCAGUAUCAUAGCUGUACAAUCCUCCAAAUCCAUUUUACAUGUUUCAAACCCAUCUUAAUUUUUUAGUUAAAGAAGUUAUGAUUUUAUUUUAUAGAUCAUUUAUUUGUAAUAAGCAGUAAGUCAAAUAACCCAGAUUUAAAUAGUAUUAUCUCAACAUUAUAGGAAAAGCUUGCAGAUGAACAAAUGGAAUUGGCUGCCUUUGAGAAAGCCAAUGGACCACUAUCGGUUCAUUUGGAUGAGGUUCUCAAGAAAAUGAAUGUUGAGAGACAAGCUUAUCAUGGAAAAUCAUUCAUUGGUAAUCAUGUACACACUUGCUGCAAGGUAACACAAAUUCUACCCUUAGAGUAGGAAUUUGUUGAGUCACAAAAUUUCAUUGAAUUGUUGCAUUUGUUUUUUGGUAGGAAGACAACAUCAUUAAACUUAAUGCAGUGCUGUGCUGACAAAAACAGAGGAGUUGUGUCCUUCCCUCCUUUCUCAAGCAAGAGAAAUUAGCGUGAAAUUUGAACAAGUUUUUAAGUUAUUUGCUGCUUGCCACUUUGUCUAUGACAGUGCAGACUAUCUCAAUGAUGGCAAGAUUGAUAAGCUAGGUAACUGAAAGAAAAAACCUGACUUUCAUGGAAAAACAUGAAUACAGCAAUAAGAUCAUGUCUUAAGUCCACCUUUUCUUGUUUUCUUGUUGCAGAGGAAGACAUCACAAAUUUUCUUCAGUUCCUUAGGGAAAAAUUUCCAGACAUGACAGUCACACCAAAGCUGCAUAUGCUAGAAGAACAUGUUUGCCCUUUUCUUCGACAAUGGCACAUGGGCCUUGGAUUCUACGGUGAACAAGGGAUUGAAGGAAUACACUCUGAAUUCAAUACCCAGUCCCAGCAUUUUGACCAUGUGAAGAAAAAGGACACGAGAUUGCGUCAAAUCCUUGUCAACCAUCACAUUGCCACGAGUCCGGAACUAGCAGGGAAAGCUCCCAAACCUAAAGAAAGAAUUUUAAAACGAAAAGCGAACGAGUAA